AUGCAAUAAUAAUUUAAGAUAAGAAUUGUUUUUUUCUUUAUUAGAUAUUAGAAAUACAUUCUUCAAAGUUUGUUUUUACAAUUUCAUAAUUUUUUGCUAUCUAUGUAACUCUAUAAUUUAGAAUUUAUAGUGAUAAGAUUCUUCAAAGUACUUUCAUUAAAUUGUGUUGAAUACUAUCAUCUUUAUAAUAAUUAAUUCGUAAUUGUUAUUUAUUUAUUGUAAUUUAGUUAAAUACUUAUUUGUUAGAAUGGUAAGUUGUCUUAGCUUUACAAUAACUAUGAAUUAUUGAUUCCAUCUAUAAUUCUUGUAGUAAAAUCGUCAAAUUAUAGGUAUUUAUUAAAAUCUCAAAUAAUUAUAGAUACUGCAUUUGGAUUGUUAGGAGUUAUGUAAUUUACUGCCUUAGCAUUAUUUCAAUUAAUUACUGGAAGCUUCGAUAAUAAUCAUCUUAUAAAUGAAUAAGUUGAGUUAGAUCUUUUUUAAAAGUAAUAUUUUUAAUAUAACUUUAAGUAUGUGUAUUAAUCUUAUUUUUUGUUAGAGUAUUUUGUUUAAAUUUUAUUAUUGAUAUGAUUGUUGAUUCUUUUUAAUAAAAAAUGGAAGCAAAAAGUUGA